AUGAAUGAACAGAAAAAGGUUGUUAAUGUUGGAGUUUUAGCUCUUCAGGGCUCCUUUAGAGAGCACCUAUCCCACCUGGAAAACUUAUUUAAGGAACUUGCCGAAAAUUCAGAUUACUCAAAGUAUGAAUUUAAAGCAUGCAAAGUGAAGGCGAAGAAGGACCUUGAUUCUUUGAAUGGAAUCAUUAUUUGUGGAGGAGAAUCAACUACAAUGACAAUUCUUCUCCAGAGAACAAAAAUACUAAAUACCUUGCGUGAAAUGAUUACCAGAAGGCAUCUUCCUGCAUGGGGAACAUGCUGUGGACUCAUUUUACUUUCAAAUCAUAUUGAAAAUAACAAGUCAAAAAUAUUAGGCGAUUUGACAUAUGAAUGUAUAGGGGGACUUGAUGUGACUGUUAGUCGGAACUCAUUUGGAAGACAACUAGAGUCUUUUACUGAAACAAUAGAUCUGACAGAAGCCACAAAUCACCAAAUUAAAAGAUUUGAAGGGGUUUUUAUUAGGGCACCAACUAUAACAACAAUUGAUGGCAAUGAUGGCACAAAAAUAUUGGCAACAGUUACUAGAAAUGAACAUACUUAUGUAGUUGGGGCUAUGAACAGAACAGUACUAGGAACCUCAUUUCAUCCAGAGCUAGUCGAUGGGGAUUAUAGAUUCCAUAAAUGGUUUUUAGACAAAUUCAUUUUAAAAAAUCUAGAUUUAUGA